CAGGGCCCGUAAUCCCGUCCCGACCGGAAGUCGUCUCACUGCCUUCCGGAUUGGGAGUGGAGAGGGUUCUGCAGCCGUAGUUCCUCUUCUCCAGGGAACGCUUAGACCUGACCAGGGCUGGAAUCCAAAGGAAAUAAAGUACAACAUACAGCAGUUCUGAUAUGGCAGAGGUGAAGUCAAUGUUCCGGGAAGUCCUUCCUAAACAAGGUCAGUUGUCUGUGGAAGAUGUGGCCACCAUGGUGCUAUGCAAACCCAAACUUCUGCCACUAAAAUCUCUGACUCUUGAAAAAUUAGAGAAAAUGCAGCAAACAGCACAAGAAACUAUUCGCCAACAGGAAAUGGCAGAAAAAGAACAGCACCAAACAAACCAAUGAAGCAAUUUUGUUAAUUUUAGUAUAUUUUUCAAAAUAAUUCACAUUUGUUUUCUAAAGCUGUAAUUUUAUUAAAGGUAAAAUUCAUUUAAAAUAAAAGGACAGGUAUAAGUCAUCAAAACAAGAUGAUUUAUUUAAGUUCUUAUGAUUCCUAUUAUAUAGACUAUGGUCCAACUUUUACUUUGGCCAUAUUUUAUUUUAAAACUAUGGUACUCUGUCUAGUGGUUGCUGGAAUUCCAAGUUCUUCCACAAGAUUGCUCUUUGUCUAGAUGUUGUUCAACGUUCCUACAACAUUCCUAUUUUUUAAUCAACUUCAGAGAUCCACCAAACCCAUAAAAACGUGCAAUUUCAUGAAAAUUCUACACAAUGGGUUU